AUGGGUGAACAAGCUGGUCAUUUUUCCUUUCCCAAGGAAGAGGAGAAAAUCCUCUCUUUCUGGAAUGAAAUUGAUGCUUUCCAGACAUCUUUGAAAUUGACCGAAGACAAGCCCGAGUUCUCGUUUUUUGAUGGACCACCUUUCGCAACAGGUACGCCUCACUAUGGUCACAUUUUGACAUCUACCGUCAAGGACAUUGUCCCCAGAUACGCCACGAUGAAUGGCUACCACGUUGAGAGAAGAUUUGGGUGGGAUACCCACGGGUUGCCUAUCGAACACAUCAUUGACAAGAAACUAGGUAUUACUUGCAAGGAGGAUGUUUACAAGAUGGGUAUUGACAAGUACAACGAUGAAUGCAGAGCCAUUGUGAUGACAUAUGCAGCUGAGUGGCGCAAAACCAUUGGACGUGUGGGACGUUGGAUCGAUUUCGACAACGACUACAAAACCAUGUACCCAUCGUUCAUGGAAUCGACCUGGUGGGCGUUUAACGAGUUGUUUAAGAAGGAUCAGGUUUACCGUGGUUACAGAGUUAUGCCUUAUUCCACAGGCUGCACCACACCUUUGAGUAACUUUGAAGCUCAGCAGAACUAUAAGGAAGUGAGUGACCCUGCAGUCACGUGGUCUUUCAAAGUUGAAGGCCAGGAUAAGACUUACCUUGUUGCGUGGACCACUACACCAUGGUCGAUCCCAUCGAAUUUGGCUCUGUGUGUCAAUCUAGACUUUGAGUACGUCAAGAUUUAUGAUGAAACCAGGGACAAGUACUUUGUUUUGCUCGAAUCUUUGAUCAAGACCUUGUACAGGAAACCCGAGAAAGAAAAGUUCAAAAUUGUGGAAAAAAUCUCAGGUAAAGAUCUUGUGGGUCUCAAAUACGAACCAACGUACCCAUACUUCAAGGAAGCCUACAAGGAGAAGGCCUUCAGGGUCAUUGCUGACAGCUACGUGAGUGCCGAUUCGGGUACCGGUAUCGUGUCUAAUGCCCCAGCUUUUGGUGAAGACGAUUACAGAAUCUGUAUCGCGAACGGCAUUAUUUCCGAAGAUGACGAAUUGCCUAACCCAGUGGAUGAUGCGGGUAAGUUCACCUUGCCUGUCACCGAUUACCUGGGCAUGUACGUCAAGGAUGCAGACAAGCUAAUCAUCAAAGAUUUGACCGCUAGUGGAAUCAUGAUAAACAACACGCAAUUCAGACAUAGUUAUCCGUUUUGCUGGAGAUCCGACACGCCAUUGCUGUACAGAUCGGUUCCUGCCUGGUUUGUCCGCGUGAAGCCUAUCAUCCCAACAUUCUUGGAAUCUGUGAACAAGUCUCACUGGGUUCCAAACGCUAUCAAGGAGAAGAGAUUUUCCAACUGGAUUGCCAACGCUCGUGACUGGAACGUUUCUAGAAAUAGAUACUGGGGUACUCCUAUCCCUAUCUGGGUAUCCGAUGACUACGAAGAGAUUGUCUGUGUUGGCUCGGUGGAGGAAUUGAAAAAGCUAUCUGGUGUUGAAGACAUCCAAGAUCUUCACCGUGAUACCGUGGAUAAAAUUACCAUUCCAUCGAAGCAGGGCAAGGGUACGCUAAAGAGAAUUGAGGAAGUCUUUGACUGUUGGUUUGAAUCUGGGUCUAUGCCUUAUGCCAGUCAGCACUACCCAUUCGAGAACAAGGCCAAGUUCCCUGAAAGAGUUCCCGCUAACUUCAUCUCUGAAGGUCUAGAUCAAACCAGAGGUUGGUUCUACACCCUUGGUGUUUUGGGUUCUCAAUUGUUCGGUGAAGUCCCUUAUCAGAAUGUCAUUGUUUGCGGUAUCGUUCUGGCUUCAGACGGCAGAAAGAUGUCCAAGAGUUUGAAAAACUACCCAGACCCUACUCUGGUCUUGGACAAAUACGGUGCGGAUGCUCUCAGACUGUACCUCAUCAACUCACCUGUAUUGAAGGCUGAAAGUCUGAAAUUCAGAGAAGAAGGUGUUAAGGAAGUCAUAUCAAAAGUGCUAUUGCCAUGGUGGAACUCAUUCAAGUUCUUGGAAGGACAAAUUGCUCUUCUCAAGAAAACUUCCAAUGUUGACUUCAAAUAUAAUCCUGAUCUCAAGAGUGAUAACGUUAUGGACAAAUGGAUUUUGGCCUCCUUGCAGACUUUGGUUAAGAACAUUCAUGCUGAGAUGAAGUCAUACAAACUUUACUCUGUUGUUCCAAAGCUUCUUGACUUCAUCGACCAGCUUACAAACUGGUACAUUCGUUUGAACCGUCGUCGUUUGAAGGGUGAGAGCGGUGAACAAGAUUGUCUACAGGCUCUAAACUCUCUGUUCGAUGCCUUGUUUUCAUUUGUGUGCGCUAUGGCGCCUUUCACUCCUUUCUUAUCGGAUAACAUUUAUCAAAGACUGAGAGAGUACAUUCCCGAAAACGUAUUGUGCAAAUUCGGCAAAGACGCAAGAUCUGUGCACUUCUUGUCUUACCCUGAGAUCGACGAAUCAUUGCUAAACGAUGAUAUUGAAAGAGCAAUGGCAAGAAUGCAAUCCGUGAUCGAUUUGGGUAGAAACAUUCGUGAAAAGAAAACCAUUUCUUUGAAGACGCCUCUCAAAAGCUUGGUGGUUUUCCACAGUGAUUCACAAUACUUGAAGGACGUGGAAGCGCUUGCAUCUUACAUUGUGGACGAGCUUAACGUUCGUGAUUUAAUCAUUACUUCUGACGACGCCAAGUACAACAUUGAAUACAAAGCCGCCGCUGACUGGCCAGUGCUUGGUAAGAAGCUAAAGAAAGACGCCAAAAAGGUGAAAGCCGCUUUGCCCAAUGUCACCUCGGAAGAAGUGCACAAGUUUGUGGAAACCGGAAAAAUUGUUGUGGACGGUAUCGAGCUAGUUGAAGGCGAUUUGACCGUUAUGAGAGUGCUUUCUGAAGAUCUAGGUGAGGAAGGUCUAGAGACCAGGACCGAUCAAGAUGUGUUGAUUAUUUUGGAUACCAAGAUUUAUUCUGAAUUGAAGACUGAAGGUUUGGCCAGAGAAUUGGUCAACAGAAUUCAAAAACUCAGAAAGAAAUGUGGACUUGAAGCCACGGACGAUGUUGUGGUACAAUACGAAUUGAUCAAGGACACCAUCGAUCUUUCGAAAGUCAUCGAGGCUCACUCUGACAUGUUAUCAAAGACUUGUCGUUCUCAAAUCACCGAAUAUGACGGUUCGUCCGGAAAAGACGAAAUUGCGGACGAAGAACAAACCAUUAAUGACUCCAUUUUCAAGUUGAAACUGUUCAAGCUGUGA